GAAAUAGAAGAAUAUGUUUGAAUAGUAUUAUUCCGUUUGGUAGUGGUUUAUUUAUCUGGUAAGAGGAAACUGUGUUUUUUAUUAUGAUAAUAAUAAACUAAAACAACUAAGUGGGAUUUAGCUGCACUCAUUUAAUGCAGCUAAAUUCCACUUAGUUUUGGUUUGCAUUUCGAGCAAUGCGCGUAACGUACAGAUCACCUUUGUAGAAUCCAAUAUUUAUAUUUCUUAAUCGAUUCAAAGGGAUGUCUCCAACCACCCGAAUCUGAUAAAAUAACCAUGUGCCAUCGGUAUAAAUAAUAAAAGAGCUUCAAUAGAAUCCUUGAUGUAAUAGGAUCAGUAUGCUUCAGUUUGUAUUAUCUGCUUGUUAUAGGAAAUGCACCAUGCAGGAUUUGAAACUGAUAUCAGAUAAAAUUGUUUUUGUUAUACUGCUGAGUUUCUGUGGUAUGGUCUACAUGGGAUACAAAUUCUCGUUAGUUUCCAAUUAUUAUACUUACCCACCUGCGUAUGCCUUAAAUUAUAGUGAUUUCAUUUUGUACAACUCGAAAUGUCGUAUACCGAAAGUGGAUCCCUUCAAUAUGGAGGUGAAGGGUUUCUACAAGAAGAAAAGUUACGUGUCCUGCAGCAAAUUAGAGCUGUUAACGUACGUAACGAAGGACGUGAACCACACAAGUGCCAAGAUCCAUAUAAAACGUGAUCUCGUAAAGUCGUACUCAAGCAAUGGAGUGAAUUGCUGCUACCAGAACGUAUCCAGAGGUGAUAAAAACAUAGACAACACCAUUUCGUUAUCCAAAUGCGUGGAUUUCAACGGCGAGGUGAAUUUAUCCAAGAAGGCUGUGCUGGUGAAAUGUCUGAACAAGGCUACGAAGAAGGAGGUGUACAGCAAUGUCCACAUGCCGGUGAUAAUAACGAGCAAAGAGAAAGCUAAAAUUGCUAAACAUGAUAAGAGUUCGAGGCCUUUAAGUGUUCUUAUAGUUGGAGUCGAUAGUGUUUCUCGUCUGAACAUGAUGAGGGAUUUGCCGAAGACCAGGAGCUUCCUGAAUACGAACGGUUGGAUCGAGAUGCAAGGUUACAAUAAAAUUGGCGACAAUACGUUUCCUAACCUCAUGGCCAUCCUCACCGGACGCGAAAAGGAUAACGCGUACGAUGCCUGUGAUCCAACCGUAACCGGAAAACUUGAUUCCUGCAAUUUUAUUUGGAGCGACUACGGUAAAUUCAAUUAUAUAACCGGGUACGCUGAGGAUUCUGCGGAUAUUAGUACGUUUAAUUACCUUAAGAAAGGUUUCAAGGAGGAACCGGUUGAUUAUUACUAUAGAUCUUUUAUUAUCGCGUCGGAGAAGAAGAUGAAAACUGUUACUGUUGAUGCCAUGAAGUACUGCUCGGGGCCGGAAACUGCGGGAGAAAGGAUCCUCCACGCCGCACAAGAUUUCGCUAUAUCUUUAAAUAAUACGCCACAUUUUGGGUUUUUCUGGAUGAACUCGUUCAGUCACAACAUGCUGAACUCUAUUAGUCGAAUGGAUGAUAAGCUGAGGAAGUUUUUUACUGAGAUCAACGCUGCCGGAGUUACGGAUAAUUCCAUCAUCAUAUUCAUCAGUGAUCACGGGUUGAGGUUCGGGAAGAUCCUGAGAACGUACACGGGUUGGUUGGAAGAGAGGCUACCGAUGUUCUACAUCUGGACUCCUCCGUGGUUCAGGGAGAUCUAUCCAGUGGAAUACGAGAAUCUUCAAGCUAACAGCUUGAAGCUCACCAAUCCCUACGAUCUUCACAUGACACUCCAAGAUAUCCUCACCUACUCCGGCGCCAAUCACAGUAUAGUUCAAAGCCGCGGAUGUCCGAAGUGCAAGUCCCUCUUCAAGGAGAUCGAAUUCGAGAGGUCGUGCGAGGACGCCUCGAUCGAUUGGCAUUGGUGCUCCUGUGCCGAUUACAAAUCCAUCGAUUCCGAGAACGAGACGGUCCAGAAGGCGGCACAGUGCAUCAUCGACGGAAUCCAUAAAUCUUUAGCCGUGCCGGAAGCCAAAAAGUGUGCCAAAUUCAAAGUGAAGAAGAUCAUGUCGUCGCGCAUCUCCACGUCCGCGGAUAACUGGUACAAGAACGACACGUAUUUUCUGAUAGUCUUGGAAACUUCGCCUUCCGCGAUUUUCGAAGCUACCGUCAAAUACGACCGCACAUCCGAAUCCGAUCCCUUCAUCCUGCAGUCUGGUAUAAGCAGGUUGGAUCAUUACGGAUCGCGUAGCGAUUGCGUCAAGAAAGGCAACCUGAAGACCAUCUGUUACUGCCCAUAGUUUUGAAGGAAACAUCGAUUCUCCAUUUGUCCAUUUAGAGUCUAUACCUUUCAGCCCCAUUUUUUAUAUAUAUAAACAUAAACCGAGCCUUAAUAAUAUUAAAUAUAAGCAAAUUAAUCAGAGAUAAUAAUUUAUAAACAGGCUGUCCAUCUCAAUAUUCUAAAUAAAAAAAAUAUACAGUUAAUAAGUUGAAAAUCAUUGGAGAAUGAAAGUUGACAGAGUUUAAAUAAAU